UUGACUUUUAGCGCCAAAGCUUGAGCUGGGAUAGAAACAAUCAUGGAUGUUGCUCGCAAAAUAAAGACAAAAGUGUCUGCUGCCUUUAAAAUGAGAGGGUUUAUACUGCGACCUGAAUCCAGCAAGUACCUUGUAGAGGUGUUGGAGUCUGUUGAUCACGCUGAACUAGAUGAUGUUAUUGAAAAGGUCCUGGAUGCCGUGGAAAAGCAGCCAUUGUCCUCUAGCAUGAUUGAGCAGUCUGUGGUGGAAAGUGCUGUGCAGGACUGUACUCAGUCUUGUGAUGAAGCCAUAAAUAAUGUUUUCAACAUCAUUGGAGCCUUUGAUGUGCCCAGAUACAUUUACAGUGUGGAGAGGAAGAAGUUUGUACCCAUCAGUAUGACCAGCCACCCGACCCCCAGGCUGUGUGGUUUGGCCAAAGACAAAGCUGAACUCUUCAGGGAGCGCUACACAAUCUUACAACAGCGUACACAUCGCCAUGAGCUCUUCACCCCACCAGCAAUAGGAGCUGCUGUUGAAGAGGGUCAAAACAAAUUCCAGCUGAGAACAAUUGAAGCAUUGCUUGGUAGCACUGCUAAACUGGGAGAGGUGAUCGUACUGGGAAUGAUCACACAACUGAAAGAGGGUAAAUUUUUCCUGGAGGACCCAAGUGGAACAAUACAGCUGGACAUGUCCAAAGCACAGUUUCAUAAUGGCCUGUACACAGAGUCCUGCUUUGUAUUGGCUGAAGGUUGGUAUGAGGACUCUGUGUUCCACGUCAAUGGCUUUGGGUUCCCACCAACAGAACCUUCAUCCGCGACAAGGGCAUACUAUGGGAACAUUAACUUCUUUGGUGGUCCAUCCAACACUUCCGUGAAAGCUUCCUCCAAGCUGAAGCAGCUGGAGGAGGAAAACGAAGAUGCCAUGUUUGUGAUUGUCUCUGAUGUCUGGCUGGACAAUGUGGAAGUGAUGGAAAAACUCAACAUCAUGUUUUCUGGAUAUGCUGCCAUGCCUCCCACAUGUUUCAUUUUCUGUGGAAACUUCUCUUCUGCCCCAUAUGGGAAAACACAGAUUAAGUCACUCAAAGAAUCCCUGAAGGCUCUUGCUGAUAUUAUAUGUGCAUACCCCAGCAUUCACAGCAGUAGUCGCUUUGUUUUUGUUCCUGGCCCUGAGGACCCUGGUCCAAGCACCAUCCUUCCACGGCCUCCUUUUGGAGAACACAUCACGGAGGAGUUCACGCAGCGGGUGCCAUUCUCUGUGUUCACAACCAACCCAUGCAGGGUUCAGUACUGCAGCCAAGAGAUCGUAAUUAUCAGAGAAGACCUGGUCAACAAGAUGUGCAGGAAUUGUGUCCGAUUACCCAACAAUAAUCUUGACAUCCCAAACCAUUUUGUCAAGACCAUCCUGUCCCAGGGUCACUUGACUCCACUGCCUCUGUAUGUCAGUCCUGUGUUCUGGGCCUACGACUACUCCCUGCGUGUCUAUCCAGUGCCUGAUGUCAUUGUCUUCGCGGACAAGUACGACCCUUUCAGCAUCACCAACACUGACUGUCUUUGUGUCAACCCGGGCUCAUUCCCAAGAAGUGGUUUCUCAUUUAAGGUGUACUAUCCAUCCAAUAGAACUGUCGAGGACAGUAAACUUCAAGGACUGUAAGGAAGAUAAUGGAUUUUGCAGGCAGUUCUGUUUCAACUUGUAUACAAUAACUUAUCAAAUAACUAUAUAAAUCUGUUUUCUGGAAUAAUAAAGGUUUUAUUCUGACCAUAAUUA